AUGGCUGUUCCAUUCGACAUCACCAGUGGAUCACAUGCAUCUGUCAGCAGCGAAUCUGCUACCCAUAUGUCAGCCAAGGAUGUCAGUACACCAGCUGUAAUGUCUGUUGAAGCUAACUUUCUGCCGUCACACGAGGGCGAUUCGAUGUUUGAUGCCAUUGUAACAUAUUUAAAGACAAAGGAUUAUCCAUCUUUCAUCAAGUCAACGACGGAUGCGGUUGCUGCGAGAAGUGAAUUCAGAAGAAAAUGUAGUACGUUCUUUUUGGACAAGAGUGAUGAGCUGCUCCAGGGCAGAGCUGCUGGUGUUCACCGGCAUGUCCUUCGUCGAGGAGAGCUCAGAACGGUCUUUCGCUUUGUACACGAAGCACUGGGACACUGUAGUGCCGAUGUAUGGUGA